GGUCUGCUGGUGCUGCUUUUGUUUUCUCGGUGGCUCACCCCACUAACCCAAAAAAUCUAGGAAACCUGGUUAGCGGCAUGACGUCGACGGCGCCGCGCCUAGCAGGAACGAACCGCUGCGGGUGGGUGGUCUUUGCGCGUCGAUCACCGUCAGACCUCGAGUUUGGUCAAGCUCGAUGAGGCCUGUGGAUGACUUGUAACCAAAAUGACCUGAUUAUGGGAGUGGGGUACAACCACAACUUUUGAUUUCAACCACAACCCCACACCUGAACUUCCUUAUCCAUACUCUGACCAUUCAACGUCGAACGAUGCCAAUGCUCAACACUGGAGAUAAGGCUGCGCAGAUUGAAGAGAUGAUCGGAUACACCUUCAACAACAAACUAUUUGCCGCAGAAGCUGUUCAGAUGGCCGCGCCCCAAACUGCUGUCAUCCACGAGGGAAUGUUCUUCGGACUGGAGAACAACAAACGUCUCUCCCUCUUAGGCGACGCUGUGCUCGCCAAAGUUCUCUGUGACAAGUGGUUCCAUGCGCGCGAUAACAGAGGCCACGCGCGCUCCUUAUCUGACUGGACUACGGCUCGUAACGAUUUGCUUAGCAACGAUGCAUUGGCCCAGCGAGGUUACGAUCUCGGUGUCGACGGAUGCGUCAUCUUGAGUCCUGGCAUGCACACAGUCUCCCGAAAGAUGGUAGCCAGCUCGGUCGAGGCUAUCGUUGGAGCAGUCUAUCGCGAUGGUGGGGAUAGUGCUGUCCUUUGCGUCAUCGAGAAGCUUGGAUUCUUUGACCAUCGCCUCCUCUUGGUAAUGUUUUCACUCCUCCACUCCACUACAUGAGCACAAACUUCUUGAGUUAACUAAUGUACCCCUUCAGAUCCCUACAUGGCUGCCACUGAUUUCCGCCGGUCAAAUUGGACUUGGGUUCUUACAAGAGAAACGCGUGCUCGGUUCUGCUCUUGGCUGCGUCUGACGUCAUUUGCAAAACCUAAGACGCAGGCAAGAUAGAUUUUCUGGGCAUCCCUUUACUCUUGUGCGAACUCAAAACCAAUUUGACCAAUGGAUAUCGGUAACAUCCUGUCAGCUC